AUGCAUGUCAACAAUCCCAGUUCACCACAGCUCACUCCUUCUUCACCACCAAUGCUGAGCCCGAUCACACCAAUACCACCACAGCUUCCUGUUGUUCCAUUGGCACCAAACCAGACGAUGACCAUGAGUCCCAUGAUCCCUAAUGGGAUCGGACCACAUUUGGGUCAACAACUAGACAAUUGGUCAACCACACCGACGUCUACGUCGACAUCUAUCACAAACCAAACAAAACCAUCUUUCAAAAAGUUCAAAUGUCAUUCCGUUCCAAAUUUUAGAAAUUUCAGCCCAAGAAAAUCGCCAAAGAAACCCGUUGUUCGCAAUGAUUUCGGGAAAACACCGUUGCAAGAGUUGAAUGAAUAUACUCAACAGAGACUUUUGGCGGCGCCAACAUUCGAAGAAUUGCCAGCUGGUCCUCCUUUUCGCGUAAUCUGCCAUGUAAGGGAGCUCAGUCUCAUCACAGAGGGCACAGCGCUAUCAAAGAAAGAGGCACGCCAGAAUGCAUCCGUUUCGAUGCUUCAGCUGCUCAACAGUGACCCAGAAGUCAAUCCUGAAUCUGGCAUCGCCUGUGAUCUGCGAAAGGUCAACCUUGAUGAGGUCAGAAAUCCGAUUGGAUUUCUUCAGGAAUAUCUUCAGAAGAGAGGUGACUCCCUGCCCAUAUAUUCGUCGAAAGAGGAGAGACGCCCGCCUUUUAUCUGCAAAGUCAGAAUUGAUUCCUUAGCGAAACAUGCCUCUGCGAUGGGAAUGAAAAAGUCUGAGGCGAAAACGAAUGCCGCUAUACGAAUGAUUCAUUUGCUAAGAGGCGAGAAAUUUAUUCAAAGUGUCCAACCUCGUCAUAUUUUAACAGCAAGCCUAAGCCCUCCGAGCGAGUCAGCCUCUGGAAGCACCAAGUCUCGCCAUCAAGUGACACUGCUACAGGAAUUCUGCCAGAAGCGCAAACUCUGGGCUCCACAGUACUCUUACUUUCAGACCGGCCUCACCCACGGCAAAGGAAAGAACAAGCAAUUGGAAGUAACCUGCGUAUGCAGCAUCUCUGCCCUGAAUUUGGAAACGAGAGAGACGCGCAAGAGCCAGAAAGAAGCCCGUCGCGCCGCUGCUGACCACAUGCUGAACAUAUUAUACAGAAAUUAUCCCCACGACGCAUUUAGCUACUAA